AUGAUGAUUUAUAUGAACUACAAUCCGACAUUUAUCUAAAUUUGCUGUUUUCAGAAUGUAUAUCUUUUAUGUUCUUUACAUUGUGCUGCUGACGUUCGAAUAUUUUGACUGUGGAAGGGUGCAUAAGAUUCCAGUUAAUUUAAAUCAAAGGGAAAUACAUUAUGCGGAUGAAUCAAAUUAUUUAAGUUCAUCAAAUUCAAAUAACUCAAAGAAAUCUGCAGAAAGAAAUAGUAACAUUGCACAGAAAGCUGCACAGGAAGCUAAAGCUGCUUCAGAAGCACAAAAUAUUGCUGGUCAGCAAGCCGCCCGUCAAGUAAAAGCACAACUUGCUGAGAAAGCAGUACAAGCUGCCAGAGCAGCGGAAGAAGCACUCGCAGGAAAGAAAGUUAUAGUAGAUCAGUUACAGGAAGAAGUAAGGGAAGCGCAAUCAGUUGUCCAAGAAGAAUCUUCAUCUUUGGAACGAGAACAAGCUAAUGUUAAUGCUGCUUUACAAGCGGCGCGCCAAUCUCAAGAUCAGUUAAAAACAUUGACACACGCAGUCCAAACAGCUAAGGCAAAUGCAGCUAAUGCUCAGACAGCUGCAACUGGAGCUCAAAAAGCUUUACGGGAAAAAGAGGAAUUGGUAGAAGCAGCAAAACGUCGGGUCGAGGAAUUGUUAAGUCAGUUGAGAGUUGCAAAACAAGACCUCGCUAAUACAAAUCGAGCAGCUGUCAAAGCAACUGCCGCUGCUAACGAAGCGAAAGCUAACGCCAGUAGGAAUAAAAGACGACUGGAAAACAUUCGAAGGAUGAGGAUUAUGAAAAGGUGCACGCAUAGUUAAAAAGAAAACUGAUGGAACAA